GCCUGCGAGCCCGUGGGAGGGCCUGGAAGGAGACCUCAUUUCCCGUGGACGAAAAGUUGUCGCGGUGGCAGGGCGCCCAGGCUAGCCCACAAAGGGCGCCUGGACCUCCCGGCCUGGAAGCUGCUUCCUGCCUGCCUGGGCCUGGAGGUGCUACCCACCCUGACGGUGGCCAGGAUUGGCCUUGAGCCCCCUGAGAGAAGACUGUGGAGACCACGAGCACCCUGGGGCCGUCCCGGCCCACGGGGCCCACGGGCACCAUGAACGAUGUGGCCAUAGUGAAGGAGGGCUGGCUGCACAAGCGAGGGGAGUACAUCAAGACCUGGCGGCCACGCUACUUCCUCCUCAAGAAUGACGGCACCUUCAUCGGCUACAAGGAGCGGCCACAGGAUGUAGACCAGCGUGAGUCCCCUCUCAACAACUUCUCUGUGGCACAAUGCCAGCUGAUGAAGACAGAGCGGCCCAGGCCCAACACCUUCAUCAUUCGCUGCCUGCAGUGGACCACGGUCAUUGAGCGCACUUUCCACGUGGAGACGCCAGAGGAGCGGGAGGAGUGGACAACAGCCAUCCAGACUGUGGCGGAUGGUCUCAAGAGGCAGGAGGAGGAGCUGAUGGAGUUUCAGUCAGGCUCACCCAGCGACAACUCAGGGGCUGAGGAGAUGGAAGUGUCCCUGGCCAAGCCCAAGCACCGAGUGACCAUGAAUGAGUUUGAAUACCUGAAGCUGCUGGGCAAGGGCACCUUUGGGAAGGUGAUCCUGGUGAAGGAGAAGGCCACGGGCCGCUACUAUGCCAUGAAGAUCCUUAAGAAGGAAGUCAUUGUGGCCAAGGAUGAGGUAGCCCAUACACUCACGGAGAACCGUGUCCUGCAGAACUCCAGGCAUCCCUUCCUCACGGCCCUGAAGUACUCCUUCCAGACCCACGACCGCCUCUGCUUCGUCAUGGAGUAUGCCAACGGGGGCGAGGUGGCAGGGAGCCCUUCGCCUGUGGCCCCUCAGUGUCCCCUCCCACAGCUUUUCUUCCACCUGUCCCGUGAGCGCGUGUUUUCCGAGGACCGGGCCCGCUUCUAUGGUGCAGAGAUUGUGUCAGCCUUGGACUACCUGCACUCUGAGAAGAAUGUGGUGUACCGGGACCUCAAGCUGGAGAACCUCAUGCUGGACAAGGAUGGGCACAUCAAGAUUACGGACUUCGGGCUGUGCAAGGAGGGCAUCAAGGACGGUGCCACCAUGAAGACCUUCUGUGGGACACCUGAGUACCUGGCCCCUGAGGUGCUGGAGGACAAUGACUACGGCCGCGCAGUGGACUGGUGGGGGCUGGGCGUGGUAAUGUACGAGAUGAUGUGCGGCCGCCUGCCCUUCUACAACCAGGACCAUGAGAAGCUGUUCGAGCUUAUCCUCAUGGAGGAGAUCCGCUUCCCACGCACGCUCGGCCCCGAGGCCAAGUCCCUGCUCUCGGGGCUGCUCAAGAAGGACCCCAAGCAGAGGCUCGGCGGGGGCUCUGAGGACGCCAAGGAGAUCAUGCAGCACCGCUUCUUCGCCAGCAUCGCGUGGCAGGAUGUGUAUGAGAAGAAGCUGAGCCCGCCCUUCAAGCCACAGGUCACCUCGGAGACAGACACCAGGUAUUUUGAUGAAGAGUUCACAGCCCAGAUGAUCACCAUCACACCGCCAGACCAAGAUGACAACAUGGACUGUGUGGACAGUGAACGGAGGCCGCACUUCCCACAGUUCUCCUACUCGGCCAGUGGCACAGCCUGAAGCGCCCACGGCAGAGGCCCGGCAGCUGCAUCUGGCACGUGGAUCAGAAGCCUCGGAGGAGCCACACCAGGCCCAGGGAGGACAUUCCUGCUGGGACAGCAUCCUCCCACCUGGCCAGGUCAAGAGAAAUAUUGCCCUGCAGUUUCUCUUAAUUUAUUUCAUCCAAUCUGUUCUUCAAAUGUGGCCUCAGCCCUCUGAACAAUUACACUCAUGUAGGAAACCUUACAGACCUCUGCAGCCCUUGCAGUGAGGGGCCGGUGGUCUGGGCACAUCUUGCACUACCCCAUCGGGCUGUGCGUCCAGCUGCCACCUCAGGUCCAGGGCCUCAGCCUGCCUGCGGCACCAGGGGCAGCUUCAUUGGGUGCUGGUUGGCACCCUCCUCCAGGUGGGGCACAGGAAGCCCCUACACUAGGGCCGAGCCUCUGAGGACAUCCUCAGAGCUGCCGCCAGAUGGGAUGGGCUGGGAUGGGACAGAGUGGGCCAGGGCUCACCUGCAGGACGGAGAUACAAGGGUAGUUUGCCAUGUCCUGGCUCUGGGGUGUAAUCUCAGUGACAGGAAAGCCCCUCCUGCCCUGUCCCUGUGCUCUGGAUGAUUUCUGUCUCUGCACUUGUCCUCUCCACGCUUCACCUCUGACCCUCUUGCCUGGCCCUCCCUGUCCUGGCCAGAUUUGGCUGCUGCUAUACCAUGCCAUUUUUUUUACAUUGAACUUUAGCAUUUUUACUAUUAUAAUAUGAAACUUUCCCUCCAAAUCUUCAAUAAAAAUUGCUUUUCAA